GGCUGCUCCAUGUGCCGCAGCCCGCUGCGACGGCGGCACAUCCAGUCAGUCCACUCGACAACAGCGCAGCCGCCGGUGGCUCUCCUCUCACUCCGAUCCCGCGAGUAGUACCGUGAGAGGCGAGUUGCAAGCGGCGUGGUGUGCCCGUGUGUUCUCUCUCGCGUGCCGUAGAAGCACGGCGUGGUUGUCGGUGGCGGGAAAAAACUCCGCGCGCGCCUUCUCCCGUUCCCCUUGGUGUGGAUUACGACGCAGGAAAGGCAACCGGACGGCAGCGAUAGCGUGACACCGGAUAGUCGACGUUCAGACUUUAGGUGCAAAGGAGCGAACAAGUGAAAGCCCAAGGAUGACGCAGGCGUCAGCGUUGGCAGCGGCACUGUUCGCAUCGUCUCUCCUCCUCCUAUUCACGACAGGUGACGCUGUCCAGUGCUACAUAUGCAGUUGGUCCCCGAGAAACCAGGCCAACCGGACGGACUACUGUACGCACUCAAACUUCAACCCGGAAAAGAACUUCGCCCACGAGUGUUCCCAUGGAUGCGAAUUCUUCUCCCAGAACGACCUGAACGGUGACUUCGAGCACGUUCGGCGCAACUGCGCGCCGAGCAACCCUCCGCACAAGGGUUGCCUGACCGAGACGAGCCGGGCCUGGAGCACGGUGCGUUGCAUCUGCGACUCGGACUACUGCAACGCGGCGCCCCAGCUGCAGCGGACGACGGCCGCAUUCCUGCUGCUGCCUCUGUGGCUCGCAGCUACCGCCGCAGCCGCCAGAAUGCCCACCUGAACGCUGUCUCGCUGUUUCCUCUACCCGAACAGAGGGGGCGCCCGUGUUUGAGGAAAAGAAAACGGAGACGCCGGUCCUCUGGUCGUAGUCAGCCAGUGGGCGUCAAGCAAAAAACGCGAGACUCUGUGUGGCAGUUGUAUAGAGCGGCGAAUCUACUAACUGGGACUUCUUGAGUUGCUGUAAAUAGACUCUGUUUCACCCCAUUACACGUUAUACCAACAAUUUCACCAGCAAGUUUUAGCGAAGCUAAAGACAAAGACGGGAGCUCUUCAGUCGGGCCAAGUUCGGAGCUCUCCUAGUUCCCACGUUGCAUGAGUAGCGUCAAGAAUAUAAGUACUCAACUUAAUUGUGAACUAUGCUGCUGCUUCUCCACUGCGUGGAAAAAUAAGUCGGCAGUUCGCAUCUGUGGCCCAAUCCUCGGCAUUUCGCUGCUGUCAAAUUUGCCAUCUUUACUGCUCUGACACCUUCUCUGAUUGGCUCAAAAGGAAUAGUUCGGCAGAGUCUGAAAUAGUACACACAAGUUGCAAACGGCUGCGUGUUUUUGUACGUUCAACGGUGAAGCGAAAGUGUGUUAUCUCUAAAAAGCCGUCAUGGGAAAUGGCCCAAGUUCAAAGCAGGAUUUCUCAACUAGGGCCAGAGGUUAUAUCCUCCGUGCGUCAUGAUUGGCCUUCCCGAAACGUUAACGGAGCAGAGCUAAAAACAGCAUGAAGGCUUCUCUAGCCGACCAAUAAAAUUGCGGAAAAGUUGAAAAUUUCCUUCUCGGGUUUACUCCAAGGAGCACCAUGGCGCCCACGGUAGCGUUGGUUUGACAUGUUAAGCUUAUUUAUCGGCAUCAACCUGUUAUAUGGGAGAAAUUAGCUUUUGCUAGUGCUGAAGAAUUCGGGAAAAAAAUGAUACCAAACAUUUUUAGAGUUUGCCGGUGGAUCUUGUUCUCCACAGAAGAGUUCGCGAAGGGCUCGGCUUUCACCUUUGCUUUUGAGGGUUGGUGCAUCUUAUACCUUGCUUCAGGGUGAACCUGUGCUGGAACAGCGCUAAGUUAUAAACAGCAUGAUUUUAGUAUCUGUAUAGUUUGUGAUGUGUAUAGCGGGGAGGUAACGUAUUUGUCCAUCUCUGCGUUAUUUUGUCGGUGUCCCUCAGGAACACUGAAUUCAUAGACUUGUUGUCUUUCAGUGUUCGGUUUGCUUGCGGAAGCACCACGUUUACAGCUGUCCAGUGUCGACUGCCGUGAACGCGUGCAAGUUACUUUGUUUGAACACAUUAAUGGUUGGUACUGUCGUUCUCUGCGAAACAGCGCUUCAAGUUCGCCGUUGUUACGUCGUUACGUUCCCCCAAAGAAAACAACUUGAUUCUGAGUAUGCUUGGCUUUACUAGAAAUUUAUACAAGAGCUGUCGUAUUUAUAAGACAAUCGAUGAAGGUGUCACUUUUUUGUGUGUUUACUGCAGUAAGCUCGCAGUUCAAAACGAAUAUGCGCUUGACGCGGGAUUUGAGGGCACCUUUACGUGCGCGAUCAAAAUCAAUUGUGUAUUCGUGCAUAUCUGGAUGAUCCACCGCCGUCGAAACAAAGUUGUCUCUGGGAUCGAGUCGAACAAGGCACGUCCCUCAUUUGAGUGCUGUUGAUCACUUCGUGUCCAUAUUCCUGUAUACAUCUGUUUUGUUUGAAUGUAUAAUAGGGUUUGUUUAAAGACGUUAUUGAAACUAAACACACUUUCCUCUAAAAGAGCAAAAUCACUUCAUGUUUUUAUUUGUGGUCAGGUGACCAGGACUGUAAUUUAUCGGUUUCCUGGUCGAAAUCCAUGUCACCGGAACAAAGUCUCCCAUACUUACGCAACCACUUGUGCUUCUUUUUUUAGUUUUCACGUUUCAAUUUUUUUUCUCUAAACCAAACGCGUCUUCAGAAACGCAGUAGAACAACCAAAGUGUACACGCUGUUAACCUCCACAGAGAUUUUUAAGCGCUUGUACGUCGAUGAGAUGUGCCCUCCUGAGUUUUUUGCUGCGCGAAAUAACUUUUAUUGAGUGGGAGGUGAAUAACAUAUUCCAUCAGCGUACACCGUGUAAGCUGUUCCUCAAACUUGGGCGUCUCAAAUCUUGUGUCAUUGUAGAGUUCAGAACUUCAGUCGCUGAAAAUGUGUUCUAACGUGCUUUACUGCCAAAAUACUGCCGUGGGUGUUCUCUCGAGCAAAUGUUUGCACUGCAAUGUCUCCAAACCGGCACUUCUUCAAAUAGAGAACACGUGCUAAAACUUAUAUGCUCGUGCACGCAGAGGCCAUGCUGUAUGGGUUUUCAGCGCCACUCACUCUCCUUUCAUCGGCCUCUAGCCAGUUUCCGUUUGCAAAUGUAUCGAUAUUUCGUCGUCAGCACCUUACGUCUGCAUCUGUAAACCGCUGUGUAAAGACUGACUUCCCGCCGCCGCUGCUAUUGCUAACUUGUAGUUACAGGGUUUGGGCUCAUGCUCGACGUGAAUCGUCUAAGGUUCAAAGUCUGUACAGUUCUUAGGGUAAAGAAAAUUGUGAACCCACAAAACACUUUAGCAUCAGUAUAUCUGAUUCAACAGUGUUUAAAUCGUGCCACGUGUCAGUGAACGUGUCCCGUGCGAGAAAAAUAUAUAUUGUGCGCAAAGCCUUCUCCUUUAUAGCAACAAAUAUUCAGCUGAGAAAUCUUCACAGAAUUUCGCUUGUAUGUGCAAUUGUAAGGAUACGUUUUCGCUAAGAAAAUACCUUUCUUUUUCUUAAAAAAAAACUAAAUACAAUUUGUAGCAAUACAUUUUACCGACGAAUAUACAUUUAUCUAAAAUUAGUAAUCAACAAUCAGCAAAAUACAUAAAUUGUCUUGAAGCAAAUUCGAACAAGAAAUGCUUUCGAAGCAUAGAAACUUAAAACGUCAUGAGCGCUGUCCAUCGUUUUAUGCAAAUAUUUCACAAGCCCUUAACGUAGUCUUAGGGACCUUCCAGAUAACCUUAGCGCAUAUUUUUUUAUACACAGCGCAUAAUUUUUUAACCAAUAUUAGCUAGCCAAAGAACGCAUCAUUGUGGCCAAACAUUAAUUACACAGUGAAACAGGGUUCACUUUAGUCCCUCCUGGUCAUUAGUGACGGCAUCAAUGCACGGUGUCCAGAAAUGAUUUUAGCAACAACCAGCUAUCCUACUCUUUUUCUUCAUGAAGAUACUGCUGCUUUCAUAGACACGUCAAACGUGCCUAAUCUAUUCAGUACUAUGCUCUUCCAUAAAGAAUACAAUUUCAAUCGGCGUUACUACGCAAAGCAGCUAGCAGAGUGUACACUUGAAUAUUAUUGUUGUCCUGCCGAAUGCGUCACGCGUUCUCAACGCGGGUACGGUAGUCUUUACAGACCACGUGGUGUGGUUACGCAUUGUCACGCAGUGAAAGACCUGUCCGAAGUGUGUAAUACAAGUGUACAAUGUACAUAGAGCCUAUUACUGCAAUAUGCGUUCAAUGAUGAACUAAAGUUACAAAAAAAAAAGUUCGUGCAAAAUUCUCGGGGCAUUCUUCAGAUGGACGGAGGUGGGAACACCUUGUGAUAUUUUACAACGUGAAUUAAACCCCUUCGGGUAUACCUUAAUAUUGUCUUAAGUCUCCUGCCUUACCUUAUGACAGCGCUAGAAAAAAUAUACAAAUAGGACCACAUUGUGUUGCAUACUGCUUUCUACAAAGGUACAGCAUUCUUUCGGCCUCUUGUUGUGCUUAGUUGAGCGAAAAUCUUGACGUAUCUAGCAAUUUGUUUUAAAGAAUUGCAAUAGAUCUACGCUUGUCCAUUGGAAUACUUUCGCACGACAAGCAUUGUGCAUCGUAGCUCAUUAGCACGCCAUCACAGCACGCUCCUUUUGAACACAAACUUUGGAAGUGAGUGCUGACAAACUAAUCCGCGAUGGCUGCUGGUGCUGCUUCGUGCUACUUUUAUCUUUGCUCAAAAACUUGCACCGCCAACACCCACUCUGCCUUGCGUCUAGCAAAAAUAAAGUAACGGGAACAGCCACUGAAAUGCAUGACUACAUCUUCACAGACAGCGUAAGGCUACUUUGAAUGCGGAGAAAAUAUAUCAAAGCUCGUAUACCGUCGUAGGUUGUCAUGUCAGUGCUUAUGGACAAUAUUCUAACCGCAACGUCAAUACAGCAUGCCGAAGAACAGAUUUUUCAAAUUUAAGAUGGCCUCAUUUAUAGGUGUUUUAAUUAUUUGUAACUGAAGGAGAGGGGGAAGGGGACUACGUAGGUGUGCUGUUGGUCGCACCACUUUUCUUUCUUGCAGUUAAUUUCUUCGUACAGCACACAACGUGACUUUGGAACUCACCAUUGCCAUCAAUUAUCGUAACUAUGUUGUACAAUUGUGGUGUUGUGAUAUACGUUUGUAAUGUUGAGUAUAUAUGCCUUGCCAUUCUGCCCAAAAUCGUCUUAUUGUCGCAGCCUGUUCCAGGUGUCCCUAUAGAAACACACGUCCCAUUGAAAUGUUUACGUGCUACUUGUACGGGUUAUACAUUCACUGUGUUACCAUUGUGUUCCCCCGCUACCUUCGUGGAUGCGUGCACCAGCGCGCCUGAGAAAACUGUACAUGUACCAACGCUUCGCGUUGAUUGUCCAGGCAUACCGUCUGCUGCUAGCUUAAGAAAGGUCGCGAGCGUGUACCUUCCUUCUUUUCCUUCAAUAAAGCCUGGAUAUUGGCGUACUG